AUGAAGGGCCUAAGACUGCUAUUCCUGGCAUUUUGUCUGAUUGUGUGCUGGGAGUUCGGUCUAGCAAAUCCAUCUGGGAACCGAAUAGAGGAAGAGCCUGUUGAGUACUGCACCACGUUCGAGGAGAAGCCGGGAAGAAUCAUUCAUGUCACUAAAUGUGCGUACAUGAUGGAUAUAGUGGCUAAGAUUAAGGCGAAGCGGCAGCUCACCCCCAGGGAACAGAACAUCACGCUAUAUUCCCGACGUGAAAACUUUAAAAAAGCUGUGUGCUGCGAAGAUUUAGUCAACGAUUCCGGAUUGGAGCUGCUAAAGCAGAGUGAGCAGGAAUGCGGAGAUUAUAGCCAGGAUUUGGUUUCAAAUGGCAUCGAGGUUGAAAUGGGAACGCGUCCUUGGAUGGCCUUGCUGGAAUAUGACGAUCCGAUGUUUAGGUUCCAGUGUGGUGCCACCUUGAUAACACCGCGUGAGUAUCUCACAGAUGCUGUGUUCGAGAUUUAA